CCAAAUCAUAUUAUUGUUGUCCAUUUGUUAAACCUUUCUUUUAACCACUAUAAGCCUAAACAACAUUUUAGACUUAUGGCAAACCAAAACCUUCCUUCAAUUCAAACCUCUGAUCCAGAAGCACCUGAAAUUACUCCAACAGCUCCAACAACAUGUUUUUCCAAAGCCAAAGAUGCUGUGAAGAAAUUGAAAACCAACUUGGUUUGCCGUUCAAAAUGGGCUGAACUUAAUGGUGCCAUGGGUGACCUUGGAACCUACAUACCCAUAGUGUUGGCUCUCACUCUAGCUAGAGAUCUCAACCUUGGCACCACAUUGAUUUUCAAUGGUGUCUACAACAUCAUCACCGGUAUCAUUUAUGGUGUCCCUAUGCCUGUCCAGCCCAUGAAGUCAAUUGCGGCCGAGGCCUUAUCAGACAAAGAAUUCGGCGUACCUGAGAUCAUGGCGGCAGGAAUCUUAACCAGUGGCGUAUUAUUCAUUCUUGGCAUCACAGGAUUAAUGAAGCUGGUAUACAAGUGGAUUCCUUUACCUGUUGUAAGAGGAAUUCAACUAGCACAAGGUUUAUCAUUUGCUUUAACCGCUGUUAAAUAUGUCAGGAAAGUGCAAGAUCUUCCUAAGUCAAAAGCUUUAGGUGAAAGACCUUGGUUUGGAUUAGAUGGGUUGGUUCUAGCUAUUUUUUGUGCUUGUUUUAUUUUGAUCGUCAAUGGAGCCGGUGAGAAAAAUCGUGGAUGCCACAAUACUCCAGAAAAUCGAGACAAUUUAGAUCGCGAAAGGAACAAAGAUGAAGUUGGAAGAAACAAUAGGAUCAAUAAAUUGAGAAAAUUUGUUUUUUCACUUCCUUCUGCAUUUUUAGUUUUCAUGUUGGGGAUUGUUCUGGUUUUUAUAAGAAAACGUGUAGUGCAAGGAAUUAAAUUUGGACCCUCUUCAAUAGAAGUAGUGAAAUUUACUAAACAAUCAUGGAAAAAAGGUUUUGUUAAAGGUGCUAUUCCUCAACUUCCAUUAUCAAUUUUGAACUCUGUCAUAGCAGUUUGUAAGUUAUCAACAGAUCUUUUUCCAGAAAGAGAAUUCUCAGUUACUUCAAUUUCAGUGACAGUUGGACUAAUGAACUUAGUUGGUUGUUGGUUUGGUGCCGUGCCAACUUGUCACGGUGCCGGUGGACUAGCAGGACAGUAUAAAUUUGGUGGAAGAAGUGGAGGAUGCGUGGCACUUCUCGGUGUAACGAAAUUGGUAUUAGGAAUAGUUUUAGGAACUUCUUUGGCAGAAUUUUUAAAGCAAUUUCCAGUUGGGAUUUUAGGUGUUUUGCUUCUGUUUGCUGGAAUUGAACUUGCUUUGUGUGCUAGAGAUAUGAAUAGUAAAGAAGAUUUCUUUGUGGCACUUAUUUGCACUGCUGUUUCUUUGGUUGGAUCAAGUGCUUCACUUGGAUUUGUAAUUGGAAUGAAAGUUUAUAUGUUGUUUAAGCUAAGGAAUUACACAAAAGGUAAGCAUAAGCCACUUGAAUCUACCACAUCUAGAUUUGAAUCUACCACAUCUAAAUUUGAAGAGAGUUGAAUUUUGUGUACAUGUUUUGUUGUUUGAUAUUCUCCGUCUUUAAUUUUUAAAUUCAUUGGAUAAUUAAUGUAUUUGAUCUAUACUUAACUCCAGAUACAUUAGUUAUUCAAUAAAUAUGAAAAGUGAAAAUUUGCAUAUAAUUAAGGUCGAAGGGAGUAUUAUUUAAGUAAUUGCAUAUCUAGUGAAAAUGAGUUAGUGUGUAUGGCUUUCAAAAAUAUGUUAAUUUUUUUAGAGGUUAGAUUUUUUUUUCUUUCUUGAUUUUUGAGGACUUGAGGGGUUCUAGGACUCUAUGUUGUAAUUGUAGAAAAUGUAGAGCAAAUAGUUAUUUCCUGGCUUUUCUAUCUAGUCCUUUGUGUCUGCCAUCGCAUACACAAGGCUUAUACUCACAAUAAUAGAACAAAAAAAUUUCUUGUUAGAA